AUGGAAGACUUCAACACUCGCGAUUUGAUCCAGCGGUUGCAGACACAGAUCGAGGCACAGGCACAAACUAUACGGGAGCAGCAAGAACACCAGCGCAAACAGGCAGAGGAGCUGGCAGCACUGAGGGCGCAACAACCACCGCCAGAAUUGUCAGCCUCUAAUCGGCAUGACAAUAAUGAAGGAAGCCACCAUGGAGGGCCGUCUGACCCAUGUGGCGGGGGCAAGAAGGGUCCCUCUUCCAUGCGUCUCACCAACUUGCUCCCAUUCACGGAGACCAUCAUGCAAGCGCACAUGCCAGAUAAACCUCCCCCAGCAUUGGACCGUUAUGAUGGCUCCGCCGAUCCCGACAAUCAUCUGCGUAACUUUAUAGACGCCAUGGCGUUCUACACCGACAAUGACCCCGUCAUUUGCAGAGCUUUCUCCUUAUCCCUUAAGGAUGAGGCCUUGGAGUGGUUUCACACUCUUCCACGGAAUUCAGUAGAUUGUUUUGCGACAAUUGAAACUCUGUUCCGAAAACAGUACGCGACCAACAGAAAACCGGAGAUGACUGCUGCUGAACUUGUGAAUACCAAGCAGGAGAAAGAUGAAACACUAAAAGCGUUCAUGCAACGGUACAACGAGACGGCCCGACGUGUGAAGGAUAUCAAUCACACCUUCAUCAUCAGCAAUCUACCUUCGUGCUUAAGGCUAGGAUAUUUUGCGGAACAAUUAUACGCUGACCCUCCAGCAUCUAUGGAAGAACUGCAAUCCACAAUUGCAAAGUUCAUCCGCAUCGAGGAUCUCCGGAAUUCUCGGAAAAAGCAGCAGCAGGAUGCCUCCAACCAUGAUACCAAGAAACCCGCCAAACGACCGACCAACGACUAUAAGCCAGACCGAGCACCUCGAAAAGAGUCGGGUUGGACAUCUAAAUACGAUCGUUACACGACCCUCAAUGCGCCAAGGGCAAAGGUGCUCGAAGAGGCUUUGCAUGCCGAACUCUUAAUCGUACGGCGCAAAGCUACCCCAAAAAACGCGGACAAUAGCAAAGCCUGCCGUUUCCACAUGAACCAUGGGCAUGACACGGAGGAAUGCAAUAUGGUGAAGGACGAACUGGAGCGACUUAUCCGAGCAUGCUACCUCCAAAAUUACAUCAAGGACAGGAUCCCCAAUAGAGCCGCCACUCCCCACCGAAAGGAUUCUUCCAGGCGGAGUCCCGAGCGAUCGCCUCCUAGGGACGACCGACGUCGUAGGAGAUCGCGCAGUCCCCCCCGAUGGACAGAGAGGGAGCGUUCGGUCCGAGGCCGAAUCGACACCAUAUCUGGUGGUUUUGCCGGGGGAGGAGCGUUCUCUUCAGCCAGGAAACGAAAUUUGAGGCAGCUGAAGUCAGUACAUAUGGUCGACCGACAGCCUCGGUCGAUCCCUGAUAUUACGUUUACCAACGCAGAUUUCCAUGUGCCCGACCCCGAUCAUGAUGACCCCAUGGUCAUCACCGCCAAUAUAGCUCGGUACGACGUCAACAAGGUUCUCGUUGACCAGGGCAGUUCGGUCAACAUCCUGUAUUGGUCCACCUUCAAAAAGAUGGAUCUAUCCGAGGACCUCAUCGCCCCUUUCAACGAACAAAUUGUAGGUUUUUCAAGGGAAAGAGUCGAUACCCGUGGGUACCUCGACCUGCGGACACGGCUCGGAACAAGUCGGGAGCCACCAGAGCUCAGAGUCCGAUUCCUGUUGGUCGAGGCCAAUACAUCAUACAACGCUUUGUUAGGACGUCCUUGUCUGAAUGCCUUUGGAGCUAUCGUGUCCACCCCUCACCUGGCCAUGAAAUUUCCUACGGAGCGCGGCACCAUUUGCACAGUAAGGGCGGAUCAACGAACGACCCGACAAUGUUACGUUGCUGGGCUGAAAAUCACCCCUUUCGUACCCAUAAGAAGGGUGAGAAAAGCUGAGACAGCAGCCGUCGAAUUGGACCCUCGAACCAAUAUAGACGAACGUCUCCAUCCGCAAGGCGAUAUCAAACUCCUUUCGUUGAUAGAGGACUCAUGCAAAACUACAACCGUUGGCGGAGACCUCGCUUUGAAUGACGAACAAGAUCUGGGACCUAUGCUACAGGCCAACGCGGACCUGUUCGCAUGGACGGCCGCCGAUAUGCCAGGAAUUCAUCCCAGAGUCAUGGCACACAAAUUAUCCAUCUUCCGGGAAGCACGACCUGUCGCGCAAAAGAAGCGACGGUUCGGAGAAGAAAAGCGUAAGGCCGUUCAAGUCGAAGUUGAGAAGUUGAUGAAUGCCCAGUUCAUCAGGGAGUUGACCUACACUACGUGGUUGUCGAACGUAGUCACGGUCAAGAAGUCGAACGGUCAGUGGAGAAUGUGUGUCGACUUCACCGACCUCAAUAAAGCACGCCCCAAAGAUUCGUAUCCCUUGCCUAGCAUCGAUCGUUUGGUAGAUGGAGCCUCUGGUCAUGUUAUACUCAGCUUCCUCGACGCAUACUCGGGAUACAACCAAAUCCCCAUGUACGCGCCCGAUCAGAGCAAAACAGCCUUCAUUACUGAACGCGCUAAUUACUGUUAUGAAGUAAUGUCGUUCGGUUUGAAGAAUGCCGGGGCUACUUAUCAACGCCUCAUGGAUAAAGUUUUCCAUAUUCAGAUAGGACGCUGCAUGGACGUCUAUGUCGACGACAUGGUAAUCAGGAGCAAUUCUGUGGAACAACACCUGCAAGACUUAAAAGAAGUAUUCGGCCAAAUCAGAAGGUACGGCAUGCGCCUUAACCCUUCCAAGUGCACCUUCGGAGUCCCUGCGGGUAAGUUUCUAGGUUUCAUGCUUACUCGUCGAGGCAUCAAAGCUAAUCCAGACAAAUGCAAAGCCGUGCUCGACAUGGCUGCUCCAAAGACUCUAAGGGAGGUACAUCGUCUGGUGGGUAGGCUCACAGCCUUGUCUCGCUUCAUUCCGAAGCUAGCCGAGCAUAUCAAACCCAUCCUGAAGAGCUUAAAAAAGGGUACCACACGACACUGGGACGAUGAUUGUGAAACAACAUUCAACACUGUCAAGCACAUUCUCACCAGUCCUCCCAUUAUGGCUCGACCGGACGCUGGAUCCGACUUACAGCUAUAUAUCGCAGCAUCCCACCAUGCUGUCAGUGCUGCCUUGAUACAGGAGGCGUCAUCCCUCAAGCUAAUAUACUUCAUCAGCCGUACACUUCAGGGAGCGGAAGAGAGAUAUUCUCGAAUUGAGAAGAUCGCACUAGCUCUCCUCACGGCUUCACGUCGACUCCGACCAUAUUUUCAGAGCCACCAAAUAAUAGUCCGCACUGAUCACCCCAUCGCCAAGAUCCUCCGCAAACCCGACUUAACAGGACGAAUGGUUUCUUGGUCGGUGGAACUUUCAGAAUUCGACAUUAAAGUGGCUCCUCAGCGUCGACGGAUCCUCGGACAAAAGGGGGGAGGAGCCGGUGUUGUCCUAGAGGGACCAGAUGGUUUAGUCAUAGAGCAAGCCAUCACAUUCAAGUUUCCUGCCAGCAACAACCAGGCCGAGUACGAAGCCUUGAUUGCUGGUCUAUCCCUGGCCACUGAGUUCAUGGUCACUCGCCUAGAGUGUCGAAUGGAUUCAAAGUUGGUGGUCGGCCACGUGAGCGGAACUUAUCAGACCCUGCUUCAAAACUUCGUAGAGUUUAGCAUCGUCCAUGUACCCAGGGAGCAAAACGCAAGGGCAGAUCUCUUGUCUAAAUUAACUCACUCUAAGGAGCGAGCACCAUUGUCCUCAAUCAUUAAGGUGACGCUCGACCAUCCAGUCGUGGAAGCGUUCGUCACCAAUGUGUCGACACCGAUAACAGACUGGCGCCAGAAGGUCAAGGAUCUUAUGGUGAAACAGGAGCAAGGAGAGACCAUUACUGUGACCGACUCCAAACGCAUUACAUGUUUUGUAUGCAUAGGCGACGACCUAUAUCGCUGCGGACACAACACUCCUCUAUUGAAAUGCAUAUCCGAGAAAGAGGCGGACUACGUACUACGCGAGUUGCACACAGGGAUAUGUGGAUUUCAUUCGGGUAAGCGGACACUCAGGGCGUGCAUUCUUCGCGCAGGAUAUUGCUGGCCCACGAUCGACCACGAUUGUGAGACAUUCGUCAAGAAGUGUAUCUCCUGUCAAGCACACGGUCACGACAUUCAUGCACCUCCCGAGGAGUUGCAUAGUAUUGUCGCUCCCUGGCCGUUCGCUCAGUGGGGCCUCGACAUAGUUGGACCAUUACCACCUGCCAAAGCGCAAAACAAGUUCCUUCUUGUGGCGGUCGACUACUUCACAAAAUGGAUAGAGGCCGAGCCGUUGUCCGUCAUUAGUGCCCAACGGGUGCAGAAGUUCAUCUGGCGCCUCAUUUGUCGGUUCGGUCUGUCAUAG